AUGGUAUGUAACGACAAGCGACAAACGCAUUAUUACAUAUUUUUAAUUUGUUUAAGUUUUUUCUACGCUAAUGGAUCAAUCCAUAAAAAUUUAAAGUAUUUCGAGACAUUACAUGCAACACAAUUUGAGCACAAAAUUGUAAAACGUGGUGUUAAGCCCAGCUCGAACCCGUUUAAUACGAUUAAAGAAGUCAAUUUUCGUGCAUUUGGUAAAGAUUUUCGAGUAAUUUUAACACCUCGCAAAGAUAUUUUACAUUCAAAAUUUAAAGCGUACGCUGUUAAUGGGGAAGGUGAAGAAACCACCAUUCAUUUAGAUCAUGAUAAUUUUUUCCAUGGUCGUUUAUUUGGAGAAGUUGAGUCGCAUGCUAGUGUUCAUUUAGAAGAUGGUUUAAUAACUGCAUCAAUAGAGGCACCUGAAGAGAUUUAUCAUAUAGAGCCAUCAUGGAGACAUUUGCCGGAGCUAGAUAAUAAAACGAUGAUUAUUUAUCGUACAUCCGAUGUGAAAUUUAGUUGGGAAAAUGCUGCUCCUGGGGAUUUUGCUCCAAAAACAUGUGGUUACAUCAAAGAACCAACGGAUGACGAAAUAACAGUAGAAGAUGAAGACGGCUUUCACGAUUCGAAUCGAUAUAAAAGACAAAUCGAUCAGUAUGAGUAUACACCAACGAAGACUCGAUGUCCUUUAUUACUUGUGGCCGAUUAUCGAUUUUUCCAAGAGAUGGGGGCAUCUAACACAAAAACUACUAUUAACUAUUUGAUUAGUUUAAUUGAUCGCGUACAUAAAAUUUAUAAUGACACAACAUGGCAAGAUCGGGCAGAUCAAACAGAUGGCUUUAAAGGAAUGGGCUUUGUUAUUAAGAAAAUUGUUGUACACAGUGAACCAACUCGAGUACGAGGUGGCGAAGCACAUUAUAAUAUGGUGCGAGAAAAAUGGGAUGUACGAAAUUUAUUAGAGGUAUUCUCACAUUCGAAUGGCACUUAUGACGAUGAAAUAUGUUUAAAACAUUUAUUUACACAUCAAACAUUCAAUGCACGUGGCUCAACAAUUUUAGGAUUAGCGUAUAUGGCAUCAUCAAGAUACAAUUCGUAUGGCGGAAUAUGCUCAAAUACGGAAUAUUUUAAAAAUGGAUAUACAUUAUAUUUGAAUAGUGGUUUAAGUUCAAGUCGAAAUCAUUAUGGACAACGUGUUAUAACACGUGAGGCGGAUUUAGUUACAGCACACGAAUUUGGUCAUAAUUGGGGAUCUGAACAUGAUCCUGAUAUACCAGAAUGUUCACCAGCUGCCUCACACGGUGGCUCUUAUUUAAUGUAUACGUACAGUGUUAGUGGAUACGAUGUCAAUAAUAAACGUUUCUCACCAUGUAGCCUACGCUCAAUUCGUAAAGUACUACAAGCGAAAUCCGGCCGUUGUUUCUCUGAACCCGAAGAGAGUUUCUGUGGUAAUUUACGUGUCGAAGGUGAUGAAGAAUGCGAUGCCGGUUUACUGGGAACCGAAGAUAAUGAUUUAUGUUGUGACAAAAAUUGUAAAUUACGUCAAGUUAAAAAAGCUGUAUGUAGUGAUAAAAAUUCUCCGUGUUGCCAAGACUGCAAAUAUAUGAGUGCUGGAGUAAAAUGUCGUGAUGCUCAACAUGCUACAUGUGAAAAAGAGGCCGUUUGUAGUGGGACAAGUGCCGAAUGUCCUCCUUCACCGCACAUGGCUGAUGGCACGCCAUGUUUAGAACGGGGACAAUGUCAUGAUGGUAAAUGUAUACCUUAUUGUGAGACACAAGGUUUACAAAGCUGUAUGUGUGAUAUUAUUGAAGAAGCUUGUAAGCGAUGUUGUCGUACGCGUGUUAAUGAUACCUGUUUUCCAGUUGAUCCACAAGAUAUAUUACCAGAUGGUACACCCUGUUUUCAGGGAUUUUGUAAUAAGGGUCAAUGCGAGAAAACUGUACAAGAUGUUGUAGAACGAUUUUGGGAUAUCAUUGAAGAUAUAAAUAUUAACAAAGUAUUAUUAUUUUUACGGGAUAAUAUUGUUGGAACAGUGAUUUUAGUCACCGCCAUUAUUUGGAUACCAGCAAGCUGUAUUAUCAACUACGUUGAUAAAAGGGAUUACGAUGACAUCUUGAUAAAGAUUACUUUUUUUUUCAUUGAUAGAAGAGCGAAAGAUGAAGAAAGAUAUUGGGAUUGGAAACAUAGAUCUGAUUUAAUACAUCCAUCGGAUCCACAUCGAAUUAUUUAUGUACAAGCGAAUACGAGUAGUGCAACAAACAAACCGCGUCGACAAUCUUCGCAACAAUUACAUCCGCAACAAAUACAUUCAAUGCAAAUGCAAAAUUUACAACAACAAUAAGUUAAUUAAUUAUUUUGCGUUCUGUAUUUAUUUUUAA